AUGUCAAUCGAUAUAUUAGAAAUGUUAAAAGAACCAAGAUUGGUAAAAGUAUGUGCACCAAUGGUUAGAUACAGCAAAUUGCAGUUCAGAACUCUAGUAAGACAAUACGAUUGUGAUAUAUGCUUCACACCUAUGAUCUUAGCUGAUUCAUUUGUACAAUCUGCAAAAGCCAGAGAUAAUGAAUUUUCAUCUAAUGAAGGGGAUGAACCAUUAAUUGUUCAAUUUGCUGCAAAAAAUGUACAUGAUUUUCUCAAUGCAGCAGAGAUGGUUGCUCCAUAUUGCAAUGGAGUGGAUCUUAAUUGCGGUUGUCCUCAACGCUGGGCAUUAAAAGAAGGAUAUGGGGCUGAUUUGCUUAAGAAACCAGAUCUUGUAAAAGAUUUAAUAUAUCAAAUUCGAUCUUUGGCACCUAGUCAAAGAGGUAAGAGGCCACUGCUUUGUGAUGUAUCCAAUAAUAUGACAUUGUCUCCAAUUGUACCACAAGUACACCAAACAAAGAAAAAAGUUUGCCGUAGUGUCAAAAAUGUACAAAUAGCAGAAUAUAAAGCAGUUACCCUUUCAGCUAAUGAUGUACAAGCUACCCAAGAAGUAAUUUCUGAACAUGAAGAAAAGGUAAAAAAACUCCUUAGUAAACCAUUUAAAAUACCAAUACCUGGUUAUCAACUAUCAGGUCGUGCUUUGGGAAUACGUUUGUCUGGUCCACGUAGACCUUUACAUGAUCCUGAUGAAGCUAAUGCACUCAUUGUUUAUUCACCCCCUGAAUUAUCUGAACAUGAUAAACUGAAGUUAGAUCUGUCUAAACAACUUGUGCAUGUAGUAGUAGAUCCCAUGUUAUGUAAUAUUUUAAGACCUCACCAACGAGAAGGUGUAAAGUUUAUGUAUGAAUGUGUAACUGGAAAACGUACAGAAAAUGCCUAUGGAUGUAUAAUGGCAGAUGAAAUGGGUCUUGGAAAAACUUUACAAUGUAUAACUCUUUUGUGGACUUUGUUAAAACAAGGGCCUGAAGCUAAACCAGUGAUAGAGAAAGCUAUUAUUGUUGCUCCAAGUUCACUGGUUAAAAAUUGGUAUAAUGAGAUUUUCAAAUGGUUAAAAAAUAGAGUUCAACCAUUAGCCAUUGAUGGUGGAAACAAAGCAGAUAUUGAUGCAAAACUUACUGGUUUUAUGAAAACUUAUGGCCGUAGGUGUGCAAACCCCAUUCUAAUAAUUAGUUAUGAAACUUUUCGCUUGCACGCACACGUUCUUCAUUGCGAUGAAGUAGGUCUUGUAUUAUGUGACGAGGGACAUCGCCUAAAAAAUUCAGAAAAUCAAACAUAUCAAGCACUUAUGAAUCUGAAAGCUAAAAGAAGAGUGCUACUUAGUGGAACACCGAUCCAGAAUGAUCUCUUAGAAUAUUUUUCUCUUGUACAUUUUGUUAAUCAAGGAUUACUAGGAACCGCACAGGAAUUUAGAAAAAAAUAUGAAAUACCAAUUUUACGCGGUCAAGAUGCAGCUGCAACAGAUACUGAACGCAAACUCGCACAGGAACGUUUAACAGAAUUAGUGACUAUCGUCAAUAAGUGUCUUAUUAGACGUACGAGUGCCUUACUUUCUAAAUAUUUACCAUUAAAGUAUGAAUUAGUGGUUUGCAUAAGAAUGGGAAAAUUACAGAAUGAACUUUAUAAAAAUUUUAUACAAAGUGAUAGCAUAAAAAAAUCAGUGGAAGGAAAUUCUGAUAACUCUAAGAAAGGGAAAAGUUUUUCUGCACUUUCAGCAAUUACACUUUUGAAAAAACUGUGUAAUCAUCCUGAUUUAGUCUAUGAUAAAAUAUUGGAGAAAUCUGAUGGAUUUGAAAAUGCUGUAAAAUUACUGCCACCAAAUUAUAGUACUAAAGAAAUUUUACCAGAACUAUCCGGAAAAUUAAUGGUAUUAGAUUGUCUUUUGGCAUCUAUUAAAACAACAACAAAUGAUAAAAUUGUAUUGGUAUCUAAUUACACUCAAACCCUCGACUUGUUUGAAAAACUGUGUUACAAACGUUCUUAUAAUUAUGUUAGGCUGGAUGGCACUAUGACUAUAAAAAAAAGGUCGAAAGUAGUAGACAAAUUUAAUGAUCCAAAUAGCAACGAUUUUAUUUUCAUGCUUAGCUCUAAAGCUGGUGGUUGUGGAUUAAAUCUUAUUGGUGCAAAUCGCCUGGUCAUGUUUGAUCCUGAUUGGAAUCCUGCAAAUGACGAUCAAGCUAUGGCUAGAGUUUGGAGAGAUGGUCAGAAAAAGCCGUGUUUCGUUUAUCGUUUUCUUUGUACUGGCACUAUCGAAGAAAAGAUUUUUCAACGGCAAGCACAUAAGAAAGCAUUAAGUUCAACAGUCGUAGAUCAAGAAGAAGACGUUGCAAGACAUUUUACAUUAAAUGAUUUACGAGAUUUAUUUAAGCUAGAGGAAAAUACCAUAUCUGAUACUCAUGCCAAGUUCAAAUGUAAAAGGUGUGUUAAUGGCAUAGAAGUAAAAGGACCACCCCAACAAUCAGAUUGCAAUUCAGAUUUAUCGGAUUGGAGGCACUCCUAUAAUGCACGAAAUUUGCCAGAUAUCCCAUUGCGACAAUGCUGGUCAAGUGGAAUUUCAUUUGUUUUCCAUCAACGUUCGCAUGAACAAGUCAAAUAA